AUGGCUCCUUUAGGGCAUACGUUAUACGGCAACUCCAAGAUUCCAAGAAACGUUCUCCAAGAAAAGAACGAGCAGAUUGUCUCCCUGCUCUUCGUCUGGAAAGAGAACCUCCCCGAAGCUCUCCAAGUCGACCUCGAGGAUACCGAAGGAACAUACCUGCCACACGUCCUUCUCCUCCACAUGCAAUACUACCAGAACGUAAUCCACGCCCACCGCCCCUGGAUGUCCUCCUCCUACCUCCAGCCGCAGCCGCCGCAGGGCCCGGGCUACAUGCACGCGCAGCGCAUGUGCAUCGAGUCCGCCGCCGCCGUCGCCAAGCUCAUCCUGCUCUACGAGCGCCGCUAUUCGCUGCGCCGCGUCAACAUCCAGGGCGUCGCCGUCAUCUUCUCCGCCGCCAUCAUCCUCAUCUUCGCGUCCAUGUCGCGCCGUCGCCGCCGCCGCCGCGCCAAGACCGCCGAGACCGCCACGCACCUGAGCGUCUGCUUCCGCGCGCUCGAGGAGCUGUCCGCCUCGUGGGAGUGCGCCAAGCGCUCGCGCGACUUUCUGCUCAUGCUGCAGCGCAAGUGGGAGCUGAAGUCGCGACGGCUGAGCGGGGCGGCGGCGGCGGCGGCGAGACGGCCGGGGAUGGGACCGACGUCGGGUGGUGGAGGGUUGGUGAGGGCGGCCUCCGCGGGGAACCAGUCGAGGAAGAGGGCGAGGACGGAUAGCCCUGCGGGGUCGAGAAGCGUGGGCAGCUUUCAGAGCAUAUCGCCGUCGCAGCAGCCGGGAGAUCCGGGUGUGGUGGAUGAGAGGGGGGAGGUCGACCACGAGGGGAUUGAUAUGGAUAUGCGGCUUGACCUCGACUGGGUCUUUGCCGCGGGAGGACAGGCCAUGCCCGGAAGUUGGGACGGUUUGCUGCCUCCUGACGCGUUGUACUUCAACCACGAUGCCCCGGAGUAG